AUGGAUUUCUUUAAUAGCUCCAGCCUGGAGGUCGGGAUAGAGGCACAAAAUAUCUCCUCUAAUUCAACCUCUCAGAGCCAGUACACCCAGCUCGCUAUCUGGGCUCUGGCCGGACUUGUCAGCUUUCUGAUUUUGUUUACAAUAGUCGGGAAUGUCUUGGUUGUUAUCGCUGUUUUAACGAGCAGAGCCCUGAAACCACCCCAGAACCUUUUUCUCGUUUCCCUGGCCAGUGCGGACAUACUGGUGGCCACCCUGGUCAUGCCCUUUUCUCUGGCAAAUGAACUCAUGGGCUUCUGGUUUUUUGGCAAAAUUUGGUGUGACAUCUACCUGGCUCUGGACGUUUUAUUCUGCACCUCUUCUAUUGUUCACCUGUGUGCUAUUAGUUUGGACAGGUACUGGUCAGUGACACAGGCAGUAGAGUAUAACUUAAAGAGAACCCCUAAAAGAGUGAAAGGGAUGAUUGUGGUGGUGUGGUUGAUCUCAGCCGUCAUCUCCUUCCCACCGCUGAUAUCAAUGGACAGAAGCAGCAGUGAGGAGAGUCCCCAGUGUAUCCUGAAUGAUGAGACCUGGUACAUCCUCUACUCCAGCAUUGGCUCAUUCUUUGCCCCCUGUGUCAUCAUGAUCCUGGUCUAUAUUCAGAUCUACCAAGUGGCAAAGACCAGGACCAGAACAAUGUCAGAGAAGAAGAGGGAUGUGGACUCGCCCCAGGAGAAUGGGAUGGGCAAAGCGGAACCAGGGGGAGAAGGGUCAUUUAAGUCCAACAGGGGCGGGAGUAUGAAAGAACAGGAGCGUGAGAAUGGACACUGCCAAGAGCAGUCAGUGCAAUCCACUCUACCGAACGAGCCAAAACAUCCACCGACAGACCACGAUGAUGAUUUUGAAGAUAGCAGCUCGUCAGACGAAAAACCUAAAAAAAGUUCCAGUUCUUCCAAACAUCACCACGAGGACAGGAAGGACAGGAAAGACAGGAAGUCCAGCCGGAAAGGCAGCUCCGCCUCUAAAUACUCCAGCAGAAAGUCACGUGCCAGUUCCAAGUCUAUGGAACUCUUCUCAUCCCGUCGCAAACGCCGGAGCACCGUCAAUAGGAAGAAAGUCUCCGCCGCUCGGGAGAAGCGCUUCACCUUUGUCCUCGCCGUCGUCAUGGGCGUUUUCGUCAUGUGCUGGUUCCCGUUUUUCUUCUCAUACAGCCUGUAUGGAAUCUGCCGGGAGUUGUGCAAGAUCCCUGACACGCUGUUCAAAUUCUUUUUCUGGAUUGGCUAUUGUAACAGCUCACUAAACCCGGUCAUCUACACCAUCUUCAACCAGGACUUCCGCAGAGCCUUCCAGAAGAUCCUCUGUAAGUCAUGGAAACGCUCUUUCUGA